UUCGUCCAUUACAUUUAUUUUUAUAUAUAUUUUUCGUCUGGUGAGCAAGGUACUUCGUCCGGGAAUACAGUCCCGUACUGCUGGUGUGUAGAAAAGAUUUUUUAAAUGUCCGAGUCAAGUAGAAACUUGUCGUUUGUCGUUAUUUCUUUUCAUCUUUUCCCCCGUUACGUUUUCAUCCGGUGAUAUCAGUGUGUUUGUUGGACCAUCGAGUGGAUGUCGUUGGUGUAUAAUAUUCCCAAGAUUACCUGCCUUUUUUAUCCAACAAACAGAAAAUCUCCACCACGAAGCGUGUGAUAAAUAGAAUGGUUUGAAAAUGAAUCAACGACCGAAAACCCAAUUUGGCUUGUAAUUCCCAUUUCUCCCGUUUCGAUCCCGUCGUCGGUGUGUGUGUUUGUUGGUGUCUAAAACUUUGGUGUGUCCACUAUAUCGACCGUAUUUGUUGACACUGAUUUUGUCUGUGUGUGUGGGUCCGACCUUUCAAAACUUAAAGAAGCAUUGUUUUGAUUUUCUUUUAUUUUUACCCCUAGAAGAGGCAAAAAAAACGGGUAUGAGGAAACUGUUGUGUGGUUUGAAAUUGCCAAAAGUGCCAUUUCACUAUGUCAUUUGCGGUGGUGUUUCUCUCUCUCUCUCGUGCAUUCUUUAUUGCAUUCGGUGGAUAGCCUUGAGGCUCUACCAUAACACCACAAGUAACAUGGCUUUUGUCUGUGCGUGUGUGUGACUUUGUUCUUCCCCGAAUUUAUAUUCCGAGUCUGUAGGGAAAUGAGAGAAUAACUAAACAUGGAGCUCCACUUACGUCAAAAGUUUUUUUUUUUACUUUGGGGUGUUGGAGUUUAUUAAAAAACUGUUUUGAGAAGAGAAAAAUAAAGUGUGUUGUGGUGAUCUUUGGUGAUCUUGUGCUCCAAAUUGUGGUGAUCGUGAACUUUUGGCUAUCGGCCUCGUCGCGGGGGACAAAACGCCGCGUGGAGCCAUGUCCCUCUCCGUCGAGUACUGCGUCGUCUGCGGUGACAGAGCCUCAGGGCGCCGUUAUGGAGCCAUCAGUUGCGAGGGCUGCAGCGGCUUUUUCAAGCGCUACAUCCAGAAGCAGUUGGUAUUCACGUGCCGCGGCUGGAAGGAUUGCGAAGUGACCUUACACAACCGCAACCGGUGCCAGUACUGCCGACUCCAGAAAUGUCUCUCCAUGGGCAUGCGAAGCAAUUUCAGCAGUCAGCAGCUUUUCGUCCCUUCAGAUCCACAUCCGGUCGCACACGGGCGAGCGGCCGUUCAAGUGCAACAUCUGCGGCAACCGGUUCACCAUCAAGAGCAACCUCAAGGUCCAUUUCCAGCGCCACGCUCAGCGCUUCCCGCACAUCAAAAUGAAUCCGCACCCGGUACCGGAGCAUCUGGACAAAUUCCACCCACCGCUGCUGGCCCAGCUGGACAUGGACGAGUCGAAAAUGUCGCCACCGCCGUCACCACCUCCGCCGUCGUCGACGUGCUCCGCCCAUCACCACCACCAUCACCACCACGGAUUCCUCAUGAAUUCCGUCAAGUCCGCAACCAAGGUAGGACGCAUUCUAUCCGUUCCAUCUCUCUUCUCUUCCUCUCUCCCGUGCUUACUGUGCCAUUUUCACGCUCGGUCACACUCGCACACAGAAAAAUCCUUCUCUCUCUUGGUGAAUCUUUCACAUCCUGCACGCAAAUGUUAGAUAUUUCCAUUACUUUGCAAAGGGUUUUACUUUUUUCGCCUCGUGUGUGUGUAGAGUAGACGAUGAAUCCACCCUGUACACCUUCCAGCCCCUGCAGGUGUGUUAUAUAGCGUGCGUGUCGUUUCGAGACGAUCGAUCAAAUAUACACACAGACGAGAGUAGGAAAAAAAAGGACUCGAAAGUUCAGGACUGGGAAGUUUAUAAUAUGCUGGAAAUUCUUGUUGAUUGAACCCGGUUUGGGGGAGGGGGAGCGAUGUAUUUGAAUGAUUUUAAACGAGAACAUGCCUAUAUUCAGUGAAAUUGCCAGUUGUUUUUUUGGGGGUGGAGUCGGAUCUAUUAAAAAUUAUUAUUAUUCUAAAACGAGUUGAAUUAAUUUUUUAUUUCUCUAGAUGAUUUGAAGAAUGAACAGAUGAAUAGCGACUAAUUGGAAAUUAUUGUUGAGGCACACCAUUUUUCGAUCCCGCUUUCUCUUCUUUCCGUCUCGUGGGAAAUUAAUGGGUCAGCGCACGACAAUUUUUCUGUUGUCUGCCGGGGGGGAGUCUCUUUUCUUUUCUUUGUCGCGCCUGCUCCACAAAUUUCUUGCUAUUUUUAUUUAUAUUGCGUGUAUUUCUCGUCCAAAAAAAUGAUGUUUGUGUUUGUUUUGAUUUCGAAUCGAACCCGAUGGCCAAAAAAUAUGAGAAGAAGGAACAUUUACGUGAUCUGAUUAUCGGUGGCCAACUUUGGGCCGAGAAGUUUUUAUUUGAGUUUAUUUUUCGUUGCGAUGACAUCGCAAAAGUGAGACAGGCUAAGCUUUUAAGGUUUUGAUUAUUAUUUGUUUUUUUCCGUCGUCCUGUUGUCUUGUGUGUGUGUGGCGCACCGGUUUUUUCUUUCUGGUAUGGGGGGGAAGGUUUGCGCAUGUGAGAUCUAUUGAUUUUCGAAAAUAAAAAGAGGCAAGUUGCAAUGUGUGUGUGUGUGUGGAAAAGAAGUAGCGUGAAACCCUUCUCACUUUGCUCACGGUGGAGCUCAAGGGAGGGUAGAAAAUGAAGGAGGGGCAGACGAAGCCGAAAGCAAAGCCGCGGGAUCCACCCGAGACGUUAUGUUGUUCGUACUCUCUCUCUCUGUGUACACACUCGACCAGUAGGGACGGUUGGAAAAGGAGGAAAACAAGAAAUAUGAAUGUCAUUCGGAUAUAUCCUUUUUUUAAUUUUUGGGAGGGUGGGUGGAUUAUGUUAUCGAUGGCAACCAGAGUUUCUCUAUUUCCGACACUUUGUGUGUGUCACGGGCACUUCUUUUUUUCUCUCUUUCCCUUUUACGAUUAUUAUUUUUGAAUAAUAAUCAUAAAAGGGUUUUAAUUAUUUUUGUAAUUAUUCACUUAAUAUAGACGAUGAUGAUGAUUUUGUGCAACCCACAAAACGGGGCAAACGAAAGCCCUUUACAGCAGACCAGUUGUGGGCCAUGCAUGAAAAUCUGACUGACGAGAUAACAGAUGUUCUUAAACAUAUCACUGCAGUGAAUUUCUAUACACCAUUCGGCUGUUGGGGAAAAAUGUUCGAACUAUCUGGGACUAAGCGAUUUCAUGAAAGAGACAUGACAAAAUUUUUAAUUGAUUAGAUUUUUUAUACUGAUUAGAAAUGGUGUCACAGUUUCCCUGGGAAGCCUGGUCAAUCGAUGUAUUUCUUAUUCUUCUUAUUCCCCACCGCCGUUUCAUUAUCAGGACUCUUAUCUAAACCGUUGUAUACUGGCGGUAUAGACAGAAAGGGAAAGGUUAGUACCUAUUGGAUUUCUAUAAGUAAUGGGUAUCUAUUAUGUUCCAAUUACAGCUCUGGUAAAAUAUCGUUUUAACUAAUAAACAAUCAGCCGAAAUUUCAGAAACUAUUAAAGCAGUUAUUGAAAUGAAAUGGCCAGUAUACUUGUUCUCACGUGAAAAUUUGCUCGAACCAGAGAAAAUCAUUCCUUGAAGAAGAACAAUGACUUGCUAGAUGAUACGGAAAUGCUUCCAUUUUACGUUUCCAAAAUAAGACUGAACAACACGAUUUGAAAAAUAACGAACUCCUUGUCCACGAUGAUAGCCUCGAGUUGGACGAUACGGAUAUAUGUUGCAUUAUUUUACAGCAUUGUUAAGAGAGAUGGUUUCACUACUAGUGAUUAAAAUAUUAAUUUAUUAAAGACCCUAUGUUAAUAUUAUAGCUUUUCAGUCCCCCCCCCCAAAAAAAAAACUACUUCAAGAAUUAAAAAGGCAUUUUGUUUGGAAAAUAAUACUGAGCAAAUAAUGAAAAAGGCAAGCCGAAGUAAACAAAUAUCGUGGGAUUGAAAAUAUUUUAGAAAGGAUUUUGCGUUUUCAUUUGCUGUUUGGCGAGUAAUCAAAAUCUUUUUGAUUUUUUUAAAGAUUUAAUAUAUUAUCGUUACAUUAAUUUAUAAUAAAAAAUUCAAUUCGAAUAAUGCCUGAUGCAGUACGUAAACUAUGCUAAACUAAAAAAAAGGAAAAAGCACACAGAUUAACGAGGGAUCCAGAUAUUCCCAUCUCACUUGAAGGAAAACAGUACUGAAAUGAGGGGUUUUUAAACGUUUCAUCAAAGAAGAUAAAAAAACAAGAAGUAAUUUUUGCCAUAUUCUCAAAGUAACUUAAGUCACUGCAUUACGAAUUGAAUUAUUAUAAAUGUCCGAAUUGCCAUUUUCAGAAACUGUAAAUCCGUCUUUACAAUGAACGAUUUUAUGUGCGCAACGGACAACGUGUAUGAUUUACCCUUUUUGUUUGCUACAAUGAACUACGACAAGGCGCUCCGUACAAGGGUAUCUUCACAAAACGUUGUUUCAACAAAAUGCAUGCUGAUGGAAACUGCGCAUUGGAUUGACAAAAAAUUGCCAGAGUGAUGGACGUUGGGCUUUCCAAUUUUGUGGUCCGCAUUCAGGUCCAAACUUAUGCGAAACAUUUAUUGACGUUCUCGAGAAGGAAUUUUCCAGAAUUCAGAAAGUAUGUCAACUUAUCGGCACCUUAGAGAGACUAUUUGUUGAAUUCGUUGAUGUAAUGUUAGUGACGCCUAGCUCCAAAUACCCAUCCUCACCGCAACCAUGAUCGGUCAGAUCUCCUUCCUAGCUUCUUGCUGGGAGUUUAUGACGUAAUAUGAACAAGAGAAAACCACUUGCUGAUCCAGGCAAACCAUUGGGAUGGGGAGGGGGGCAAGAUGAAUCAUAAGAUAUAAGAACACACAUUUUAAAAGUCAACAUAUACAUAAUUGUAUGUGUAACGAACUAAGUGGCUUACGUUGACGAAAAAAUAGCUCUUAGGUUAGGUUAUGUUGCCCAAUUUCAAAUUUUGUAAUCUGCUUAUAACAAUAGUUAUAAUGAAAAAAUACUUUGUGAAUUAGAAUUUGUUGAUACGUUUCUUUUUUCAUGAUUUCAUCAAUCCGAUGUAACGGUAGAACUCCCUUCGAAGAAAUCGCUCGCCAGCAUAAAACAGAUCCUCCGUAUUUGCCUGUAGGAAAAAUGCACUCAUUGUUGUAGUGUUCGAACGUUGUUCUUCUAAUAAAUGUCCGCCUGUGCGAUCCAAAAUUUUCGAAUUUUGUUUCAUCUUUAAAUAAGAUUUUGUUCCAUUGCUUGUCCAUUCAUUUGACGUGCUCUUCAGCAAAUUUAAGACGUUUGCGAAUGUUUACUUUACGGAGCAAAGCUUUCUUACAGGCCACUCGGCCAAUCAUGCCAAAUCCAAGCAGACAUCUUUUUACGGUGGACAAAGAAACUGGCUCAUUAACAGAUUGAUCUCUUGUGUUAACACGGACAAACUUUUUCUGCGACUUCUUUUCGAUAAUAAUUAUAAAUAACACGCUGAUUUUUCUUAUAUUUUACGCUUAACAACACAUUUAGUAUUACGGCCGAGGACAAAAUUUCCUUUUAUCUCAAAACGUUAUUAAUAUUGCACACACUCCGGCCUACAGUUUUAGAAGUCCGAAGAAAGGUAAAACCGCUCUCUCGGAAACUAAGAAUUUCAAUUUUCUCCAACGAAGUUAAAUCACACGCUUUACCCAUUUAAAUUCCUUCUCCGGGACUUGUUUCCGCCACAAUGCAAAAAAAAAAGUAUAAAGCCUUUUCGGCUGUCAAAGGAAUAUAGAGAAUGAAGUAAGGGAGAUUUAAGUGGGAUGGGUGAGAUAACCAAGGUCGAAUCAAUCACCAGACUUGACAAUGUCAAGUUGAAAUCAGACAGAUUUAAUUAUAUUAUUAGACAAAAGUGUAAUGUUAUACUUAAAACCCCGCCACUGAGUAUCUCUUGUUGUUUGUAGUUUGCUGCGCCUCUGGUGACUCAAUGAUAAGUUUUGAUUUUUGCUCCCUAACUUUUCAGUUAGCCAACUUCAAGGGAUAGGGAAGGGUUCUAAUAACAUUAAAAGUUCUCUUACCAGGAAUAUGGGAAAGAUAAACAGCAAGGGAUUUUUAACUUCUUUAAUUAUUGAGCAGUUUACGUUUAAGUGAGGUUAGGAUGAAAAUGAUAGAUAUCAGUCAAUUUUUCAAAAUUAGAUUAUUACCUGGAAUUUCAUGACUUUAUUCUGCCUCGAUCUGGAUUCCGCUGACUCGACUGGAUGCGGAGAGUAAUAUAAAUUUGGAGCGGGGGCCUUCCAAUUCUUCAGGAUUUUCUUGACUGUGGUGUGUAGAAAUCCUUCACGCCGUAGGUUCUAAAAGAUAUUGGUCAGUACAUAACCGUAAUCAUAGCUUGGGAGGGUGUGACGAAAGUAUUCAGCUGGUUGGUCAUCAAUCGGGGCUCAGUUAAGGAAAUCUUUAGAGGAGGAGGUGAAAAUCGUACGGAUUGGAACUGGUAUCCGUCAGUGAAUAGAAAUUCAUCAACUCAGCCACCUGAAAGAGUAUUGUGCUUAAAACUAUGCCAUUUUUGUGCAUAACGCUUUCUUUUGAUCCGGGGCAGCAUAAAGAGAUUUAUUUACUGCUCGCACUCACGACUCCUUUGAUCCUCCGAAGUAUGGGGUCUCCGCUGGCUGAAAGAACCAUACGACUCCAAGCGCUUUUAAUUCCCUUACCAACACGCCGUCACCGUAUAGUGUCUCAUCGUCAUCAGAAAGUCACUUGAAUGGAAAUAUACAAGGACGUCCACUUAGACGUGGCAGACACCUCUUUCAGCGCAUCCGUAAAUGUGUGCAUUAGUCGCAAGUCCUCACAAUAUUUUCCACAUCUGAAAAAGACAAUAAUCUCCUUCAACCGCGCAAUCUUGGAUGCUCCCACCAGGUUCUUUCGUCGUUAAACACAGGAUCGUCCCAUUUAAUGUAAUUAACAAAUAACCAACCAGCUUGAUCUUGGCUUUUGUGGUAAUCGAGAGGCAACAGUUGUUCAACCAAUGAGUUGAACAUUCCGGAAGCCUUAGACAAAAAUCCCAAUCGGAUGUAUUCUACACUAGUCACACGGAAUCCUAGUGUGUCCGUGGAGGUAUUCUAAAAGAUUCCACUUUAUCCGGGGUCGCCACCGAAACUGCAAGUAGUAGAUUUAUCAGCAGGUUCCCCGUCUGCAGACAGCUGGAUUACUUCUAAUAAAUGACCUUUAUUUGGCACCAGGUGUGUGGCAUGAAAGUCUCCAUCUGCCAGGACCCUCUAAACUCUAAUUGCCUUUCUCGCCGCGUAAUCAAUUCGGCCGAGGCAAAAUAGAGUGUCAGCGUUGAUAUUUUUUGAACUCCUUCGGCCGUUUCUGUCAUAUCAGGUCCGGUAGGUAGCACUGAUGGCAAAAUAUAGAGAACAAGACACAGCAAACGUGACACUUUUGAUUUCACAGAAGGAAAUGGUCCCAUUUUUUCGCAGGCCACACGAACCGGUGAUACGGUCGAUGGUUGUAUAUAAGACGGAUCCAGCUAACAUUGCUCCCCUAGUGGAACAUGCUAUCCCCUUCACGGAAUCACCACAUCUGAAAGAGGGUUCUGCAACGCGGAUACAAAGUAACGAAAUUAUGUAAAUACUUCCUCGAGAUUUGGUGGCCAAAUCAAACACAUUAUGUCUCCGACCAUCCAGCAACCUUUGAUAAGCUAU